AUGUCCCACCAACACCACGACGGCUGCGGCCACGAAAGCCAUGACCACGAUCACGAUCAUGACCACGACCAAUCUAACCUUGGAUAUCAAGACAAUCUCUUCAUCCACAUCGACCGCCAAAACGUCGUAGCUCUCAAUGCAGUCGGAAAUGCUCCAAACAUAAUAAAACCGUGGCAUGCCCGUCUCGACGAAGCCCAGUUUCUUGAAUCGGAUGCAGAUGAUCAACUAAUCAUACGCAUUCCUUUCACUGGAUCAGUAAGACUGAAGGCUAUGCUACUCAAAGCUGGCCCCGAAGGGCAAACGCCUGCAAAGAUUGCCCUAUUCGCUAAUCAAGAGUCCCUCGACUUUGACGAUAUCCCUGACAAGACUCCUACACAGGAGUUUGACAUCCCUCGCAACCGAGAAGUUGGCGAGUACUCUCUAAAAACAGCCAAGUUCUCCAAUGUUUCACACAUCACAGUCUUCGUCCCUGCCUCACAAGGUGCUGAUACAUCGCGAAUAUAUUACCUAGGAUUCCUUGGGACAUGGACUCAGCACAAAUCCCAACCUAUAAUUACAGUAUAUGAAGCACAAGCGAACAUCGCCGAUCAUGAAAAAAUACAGGGUAUGGACGGAACAUGGACCGCGCCCGGCCAUUAA